CAGCGUGCAGGGGUUUCACGCGUUGCAGCAGCCGCGCUCAUGUGAAUGCUGCGCCGAGACGAACAAAAGCCUUGUUGACCUUUUAUCUCAUUUCUUCUUCCUCUUCCUCUUCUUCUUCUUCUUAUCUUCUCCUCCUCCUCCUCCUCCUCCUCUCCUUCCUCAUCAUCACUCUCUCCUGCUCUCCCUCUGCUCUCCGCCAUGGCGUCCCGCAGCGGCCAGGGCACCUUCAACCUCCUCAUCGUCCUCCUCGUGCUCUCCCUCAUCACCCUCUGGCGCGUCUCCCUCCCCCGCCGCCUCGAGCCAUACUCCGUCCCUCUGCCCGACAUCCGCCGCCACAUCACCUUCCAACUGCCCUCCUACCUCUCCUCCCUCCAACCCGAGCUCGACACCUCCAACCUCGAGAUCGGCGACGGCCACGGCCGCGUACGCGCAAGCAGGCUGCGCAAGCUGUCCGAGCAGAGCGCAAAGCUGCGCACGACCCGCGGCCUCGCGAAAGAGCUCACCUCGUUCAUGUUCCAGUGCGCGACCGGCACGCCUAAAUCCGCGGAGGUGUUUGACACCUUUGUCUCGCUAAAGUACGAGAUCCUCGAGGUCAGAGUCAUGAACGAGCAGUUCCCCGUCACAUACAACCCCACCAUCCUCGCUCUCCCGCCGUCCUCCCACUUCCCGUUCCUGAUCGUCGCCCGUGUGCGUGGCGACGGUCUCAUGCAACAAACCCUCAUCUGCGAAGGCAAAUACCACGACGAAACCAAAGACAACGCAUACGGCUUCCCCGUCACCACCCGCCUCAUCGGCUGUGCCACCAGCGCAAAGCUGCUCCAAGUUCCCCAGACCCCGGCUCGCGAUUGCCAAGCCCGUGACUUUAUGUCUGACGUCCCCGGCUAUCACGACCCCCGGAUAUUCUGGUCGAUGGACGGCGCCCCGCUGAUGAUCAUCAACCAGCAAUCGCGCUACGGCUGCUUCGGGCUCUGGGUCAUCGAUCUCCGCAGCGUAUACCCCUCCCUGCGCUACCGCGUCAACCGAUCUCUUCUCAACCAGUUCCCCACCGUCAUGGAGCUCACCCGCCUCGAAGGCCGCGGCACCGUCGAAAAGAACUACCUCAUGUUUUACGAUUCCGCCACCUCCGAAUCCUACGUCCAAUACGAUCUCGCGUACAACAAACGCCACUUUGCAAAACUAAUCGGCAACGGCCUCACGACCUCAAACCUCACGAGCCCGCUCGAGCUCCCCUGCAUCACCGAAGACGCCACCUGGCACCAGGCCACAAACGCCAUCAAAAUCGUCCUCUGCAACUACGGCGAAUGCACCCCGGGCCCCGAAAACACAGUCUUCAUGUCCUUCCUCCACAAAAAGCUCGGCGUCAAGGGCAGUUUCAAAGUCCAGUACCACCGCUACGUCGCGGUCUGGAAAUCCACCGCCCCGUUCGAACUCAUCGGCUUUGGCGACAAGCACGUCCGCUUCGACAACGAGGAUCGCUGGGAGCAGAUGUACGACGUCGAGGGAAAAUUCAUGUACACCGUCAGCGUCAACUGGGAAACUAACCAGAACCGCUACGAGGGCUACUUGAACGAAAAAGUCAUCGUCAGUCUCGGCGUAGGCGACCACGGCAACGCCGCUGUCGUCCUCCCGGCUCGCGAUCUCUUGACUUGCAUGCAUUCUUGCUCUGCCUAAUCUUCUUCUCAGUCAGACGCUUUUCUUUUCAUUGUUUUUGGUUAUGGGAUGGGGCAGACUAUUGGGAUAGUACGAACUAAUGGCUUUCGCUGAUCAAAAAUCAGCGCUGCAUACAAUACAUCCACCCUUGCAGCGGUUGUAUUUGUAGGAGUUAUUUCAUUUAUUUUGCUUUUUGUUUCCUUCUUUUGCUAUAAGUGUUUUUUGACUAAUCAUCUUAAUCUUUGGAGAAUUUGUGAUUGUUGUGUAUAUACGUCCUUUCUAUGUGAAUACUUAAUCAAAUCUGCAUAAAACUAUCUUAUAUCCA